UUAAAAUCCACUUGAAGCUUUGGACACGUUGUUUUUUAGUCGGUGAACCUUGAACAUUUUGUGCUUUUAAAACUUCAUAAAAAAUCACUAUUCUUGUGUACCAGCAUUACAAGCACAAUGCCUAAACGUAAAGUGGUAAGUGAAAGCGACAAAGCACCGAAAAAGAAGCUUAAAAGCGACUCAAACGUCGCUCCAAAGACGUUCGUUUCGAAGCUUAGUUUCGACAGCCCCGAGCAGUGUCUUCGUUCGCUCAUAUAUCCCACAACGCUGGAAGAUUUCCUGGCGAAAUACUGGGAAAAAGAACCGCAUUUUGUUCGUAGAAACGACAAUGAGUACUUCAAGGAAUUUCCGACGAAAGUGAAACUCGAGGAAACCGCGAAAAAAGAGCAUCUAGAAUGGGACAAAGAUUUGUUUCUUUCGCAGGAUGAAAACGGGACGGAAACUCUCGGAGCUGAAGGACGGGCGACUGUGAAAAAUAUUCAGAAAUACUUCAAAGAAAAGCUUACUGUAUUGUUCAACAAACCACAUCGCUUUCAUGUUAGUUUACGUUGUAUUUCUUGUUUAAAAACUAUAUAAGAUAUACUGGUUUUAUUGCUUUUAUAUUAAUUUAUGUCUCAAUUAAAAAGUUGUUAUAUUUUGUAAUUUAAUUUGAUAUUUUGAAAAAUUCUAAUGUUUGCGAUUUUAAACAAGAUUCUCAUAUUUACUGCUUUCCAAACUUUGUGUACAGGAUGAACUUUAUCAGUUGUUGAAAUUAUUGGAAGAAUAUUUUGGUAGCUGUGUGUGCUGUUCCCUAGAAGUACAUACAGAAGAUGCUUUUGGAAGAAAACCAGGAUAUAUUGGAAAGGAGG